AUGCGCGCGGCGAAGGCCAUUUUGGCCGCGGGCCCGCCCGCGCCGCCAAGCAGCGACGGAGGGGACGACUCGACUGGCGAUGUUGCGGGGGCCGCAGUGGUGAGUGCUGCUGCGGCGUCUGCCUGUGCUACCGCUGCAACGCCUGACAAGACCUCGUCGGGGUACGAGCCUGGGGGCCCCGAAGACAAGUUGUUUCGGUAUUGUGCCGCGAAGUGGAGCAGCGGCCUCUGGAAUUCGAAAGAUUUGGCGACCCUGUCCCAACUUGUAGGUGAUGCUGGAGGUCGAGGGCUGGAAAAAUUCGCCGUGCCCCUCGGAUCCCGCGGGUCAAACCACAGCCGUAAGAUUCAGACGGCGCUCGGGGUUAGGGACCUAAGCGACGUCUUGUAUUAUGCGGACGUCCCCGUCUACAACGCUGAUAAGAAUGUGCGUGAGUCUAUGCGGAUGCCCAUUCGCCUCCCCGUUGAGUUGUUGUACUUUUGCUGGAAAGAGACGCCUCAGGAAUUAGACCUAGGGGCGUUGGACCCAGAGGACUACCGCACCUCCCAGUACACGUCGCACCCUAUCGUUCGUGCCCAGGCGGACGGCUCAGUCGUCCCCGUCGGCCUCUACACAGACAAAGUAGCA